UUGAAACGCCAAAAUUUUGUGAAAUUUUAGAGUGUCAUUUAAAUAUUAUUAAGUAUCACUUCUUUGUAAAUUGAAAUCUUGCCAGUAUGGCAGGUUUGGAACAGCUUGCUAAGCUUGACCAAUUAAUAUUACGUAUGAACGACGAAUCAUCAGAAACCCAGUAUAAAAUUUCUAUGGAAAAUAGUGCAGGUCAAAAACUUUUUUACUUUGGCAAAGUCUCCGGUCGUUUCAGACGAAACUUCUCAUUAAAACCUUUCAACUUGAAAAUUAUAGAUAAUUUCAAAAAUGAAGUAAUUCAUCUUCAUCGUCCGUGUUGUUCUUGCAGCUGGGGCCUAUCCUUAGAGGUUUUAGCUCCACCUGGUACAUUUGUGGGAAAAAUUGAAGAGAAAUGUAGUUUUUGUAGCACAAAAUUUGGAAUUAGAGAUGAAACUGGUAAAAAAGUUUUUACAAUAAAAGGACCGAUUUGUAUAUGCUCCUGUAGAAAUAUCAAAUUUAAAGUACUUUCGGCUGAUGGGAAGACACAAGUAGGAAUAAUAUCCAACCAAGCGGAUACUAAAUGUCUGAGAUUAUCAUUUCUUAAAAAUAUGGAUGUGGGAAUGAAGGCUGUAAUGGUAGCAGCUAGCUUGUUAAUUUUUGCUAUGGUUUUUGACAUAGAUAUAGAUCAAUUAUGGCAAAAUUGGUACCCUCAAGGAUACUACUAUGUUCCUAAUCCUGUAGUAAUAUAAAUUGCCUUUUUUUAAAUUCAAAUAACUUAUUUUUUUGUAUUAUUUCAAAUUCAGUGUUACAUCUUAAAUAAUAUAUUAAAUAAAAUGAUUAAGAAAC